AGUCAAAGAAAAGUUUUGUUGUCGCCAAAUUUUGUUAGUAGGAUAGGCAAGAAAACUAAUCAAUAAAAUCGUGUUGGUAUACGUUAUUAUUACACUAUUACAAUGUCGGAAAAGCAAAUGAAAAGGAAGUUGUCCUCUGAAAAUGGUACCGACAUAUCUGGACCACCACUUAAAUCAAAAAAUAUCCAGUGCCCGUAUUUGGAUACAAUAAAUCGACAUGUACUUGAUUUUGACUUUGAGAAACUGUGUUCUGUUUCACUUACUAGAAUCAAUGUUUAUGCUUGUUUAGUCUGUGGUAAAUAUUUCCAGGGUAGAGGAACCAACACCCAUGCCUAUACACAUUCUGUAGCAGAUGGUCAUCAUGUCUAUUUAAAUUUACAUACCUUAAAGUUUUACUGUCUGCCAGAUAACUAUGAAGUUAUAGAUUCAUCACUGAAUGACAUCAAGUAUGUCUUGAAUCCAAUAUUUACUGCGGAACAGAUAAAGCAGUUGGACACGGACACAAAGAUGUCUAGAGCUAUUGAUGGUACCAUGUACAUGCCUGGCAUUGUGGGCCUUAACAACAUCAAGGCGAAUGAUUACUGCAAUGUCAUACUACAGUGCCUGUCGCAAGUACGACCCCUGCGUAACUACUUUUUGCGCGAGGAAAACUAUGCAGAUGUGAAAAGACCACCCGGUGACUCAUCAUUCUUACUGGUGCAACGAUUUGGAGAACUUCUUCGGAAAUUGUGGAACCCGAGGGCUUUUAAAGCACAUGUGUCGCCCCAUGAAAUGCUGCAGGCAGUGGUUCUGUGGUCAAAGAAGAGGUUCCAGUUUAUAAAACAGAGUGAUCCAAUAGACUUUAUGUCAUGGUUUCUUAACUCUCUGCAUAUGGCUCUGAAUGGUACUAAGAAACCAAAUAGUUCGAUUAUCUAUAAAUCAUUUUUAGGGCACAUGAGGAUAUACACAAGAAAACUCCCUCCGCCCGACGCCGAUGACGCGGCGAAAGUGGACUUGACCAGUGAGGAGUACAAUGAGAUGAUCACGGAAUCUCCGUUCCUGUACCUCACCUGCGACCUGCCGCCGACGCCUCUGUUCACUGACGAGUUCAGAGAGAACAUCAUCCCUCAGGUAAAUCUAUACCAAUUACUAUCUAAAUUUAAUGGUCAGACGUCGAAAGAGUACAAAACUUACAAGGAGAAUUUCUUGAAAAGGUUUGAAAUCACUCAGCUGCCGCCGUAUCUUAUAUUGUACAUUAAACGAUUCACAAAGAACACAUUCUUUGUUGAGAAGAAUCCUACGGUCGUCAACUUCCCUGUCAAAAAUGUAGAUUUCGGCGAUAUCCUCACGCCGGAAGUGAAGGCUAAGCAUAAAGGGCAAACUAUAUAUGAAUUGGUUGGCAACAUAGUCCACGACGGCACGCCAGAGAAGGGCACGUACAGGGCCCAUGUACUGCAUAAACCAACACAGCAAUGGUACGAAAUGCAGGAUCUUCACGUGACCAGUAUACUACCGCAGAUGAUCACUCUAACGGAAGCAUAUAUUCAAAUAUAUGAAUUGAAGCAGGAUUAAUUUAAGUUUUAAAGAAUAAAAUAAAAAAUUUCGUCUUAA